GUGUGUACUGCGGGGUGAGUCUGUCACGUGUGUACUGGACAAGCCAGUGGUUCUUCACCUGGGAGUGCGAGAUUCCCUUUAUGAGAACCAUAGAGGUGCGUGGCUGCAGCAAAGGUGAAGAACCACCGGUUUCAUAAUGAAAACGCAACGCGAUAAACAAACAGGACAGAUGGAAUCGAAACAUAACAGAUCUAUGGGGUUGCCGCGGGCGAGGAAUCGAUUUGGAAGGGAACGCCAGCGCAAGCGGAGACAUCGCUCAGCAGUGUGAGAGGCAGAAGCGGCAGCCGCAGCAGAAGCAGCAGCAACAACUGCAACAACAACAACAGCAGCAACAACAGCAGCAGCAACAACAACAACAGCAGUAGAAGCAGCAACAUCAACAUCAGCAACAGCAGCAACAACAACAACAGCAGCAGUAGCAACAACAGCAGCGGCCGUGCAGUCUCCGAGCUGCUUUGCUCCGAGGCCGUGGUGGUGGUGGAGGAGGAGGAGGCUGAGGAGGUUUAGACGACGAGGGAAGGAGGCGUGACUCGGAGCGUCGACCGCUACACCCCAUCGCCAUGCCCUGCGCCUGCCUCUCCUUGCUGCGCCUGCGAGAGGUCGCGUCCAGAGUCGUGGCCAGGAGGGUGGCGGCCGUGACCUUCGCCGGGGUCAGGUCGCGUAGCUUUAGCGAGGUCUCCACCGGGGCAAGAGAUACCUCGGAGGUCGUGGGUGACGUCGCCAGUCUGGUCAAAAAGGUGGAGGAGGCGAAGAGGACGCGGAGGAGGAGGGAGGCGGUGGGAGAUGGCACGCACAGCACCUACACGGAGCGAUACGUGCCCGUGACGAGGGCCAAGCUCACAUCGAUGCUCGCGAAGGAUCUGCCCGAAGGCGAGCGAGAAGACUUCUGGAAGUUCUCCGAGUCCCUGGACCCGGCGCUGCUGCCGCACUAUCACACCACACUGGAGGAUAUCCAGAUGCUGUACGAGCCUCUGAACCCGGACCGCGACACCCUGACCCACCCGGGGAGGCCCUCCCUCGACCGAGGGCGCGGCUGGGAGGACGAGGAGGCGGAGGAGUGGGACCUGGACUGGGAGGCCGAGGAGGAGGCCUCACUGGCCCUGACCACGGCGGCCCUCACAGAGCCCGAGGGCCGCCUCUCCGUCUUCCUGCGCCGUCUGGCGGAGCUGGCCGACGCCGCAAACUUCUCCCGGCUCUCGGACGAAGCGGUCGCCUACGCCUUGACGCGCCACCACCCGCUCGACGGGCCGCAGGUGUCCGUGAACCUGGACCGCUACGAGGUGGUGGCCUUCUGGGCGAUCGGAAGUCGCACGUCGCGUGCCGCGGAGCGCUGGAGGACGCACGGCAGGAGGUGGAUGUCCUGGAUACCGUGGACGCGCGCGUCGGACCCGUGGCCCGAGAGACGCAUCUUCACGCGCGUCCUUGUCGCGGCGCGGUUGAAGGGCGGGCGCCUGAUGCUCAAGGCCUUCAAAGACAUGCCAUGGACGGCGCUUGAGCUGACGCUGCCCGAGGUGCGGGUGCACAUGUCCACGCUGGACAAGACGCUGGUCAACGGCACGCUGGCCGUCGGCGGCCUCGCCGUGUUCGUCAACGUCUACAUGGUCAUCAUGACCGACCUCAAGGUGCAGCUGAUGCUGGUGCUGGCCCUGUUCUCGCUGCUGCUGGGCGCGCGCACGCUGUCCGCGUACCGGCGGCGGCGCGCGCGCUACACGCUGGGGCUGGCGCGCAUGCUCUACUACAAGGGCACGGCCAACAACGGCGCCCUCGUCACUGCGCUGGCGCGGCGCGCCCUGCACGAGCACUGCAAGGACGUGCUGCUCGCCCGCGCCGCCAUCCUGCGCAUGGCGGGAGGCGGUGGAGCGCAAGCAGGGUCGUCGGUGUCCCCGGCGGCCGUGUCCCUGGAGGUGGAGCGCUGGCUAGAGUCGCGGUGCGGCCUGCGCGUGGCGUUCAGGCCUCACCGCGCCCUGCGCCACCUUGAGCAGGCCGGCCUCUUGGACACGCAGCCCGUGAAGACGCAGGGGCCACAGGCGCCGACUCCCUGAGCCUAUCAGCGCCCACCCCCCCCCCCUCGUCUCUCCCGCUCCCCCACAGCGGUGUAUGGGCUCUGGUGCCACAAAUUAAAUGCCCCAUCCCACCCACCAAAUUUCCAUAAUUCCCCUCCUCUUCAUAGCGUAGUGCCUGCGACACUGCCCGCCCCCACUCCAGCCCGUCGGCCCGGGUGCAGUUGCACCACCUGCACGCUCGAUAGCUGCGCCACCGGACGAUGAGGCUCUGUGCGAGUCUAUGAAUCUCUACGUGAGGCUAUGGUAGAGUGUGCUUGCCAUGGGUCCUGGUGCAGGGAACGACAUCGGCCCCCCCCCCCCAUCCAGUUUCUCCCCCCUCUACUUCAAAGCGUGGCAUCUGAGACCCUGGAUCCGUUUUCUUCAAAUGCGGCUCAUCCUUGCCGGGUCUUCUUCAUCAUCAUCAUCAUCAUUGGCCAAUGUCUAUCCACCGCUGGAUGACGGCCUGCCCUCGACGCCGUUGACAUGCCCUCGCGGUCCAGUGGCGGCGCUGCGAUCCACCUCGCGCGCACACGAAUUCUCAUUGCUCCCAUCUCCCGAGCUCACUCGGCCCUUCGCGUGUGACGUCCCCAAUUAAGCCGCUUGCGCCCCGAUCCGUUGGGUUCUUCUUUUAAGUCUCUCGCUCUUCACUUCGAGCCGUUGACACCCUCUUCGCCGCACCCUUGCUUCGCGGCGGGUCUUACAGCGGCGUAAGCGACCGCAGGAUCCGUCGUGAGCUGGCGCGUGACGAUGAAGCCGCCGUUGAACCAAUCGCCAGGAAUGCGCCCGAACCCCUGAACCCCUGAACCCCUGAACCCCUGAACCCCUACCAGACGUCGGGGGCUAAGCAGGCGUUGAGCCUGGACGACGGACGAGCACGCACAACAGGUGUUGCCGGUGUCGUGGGAAGCGGAGGACACCGUUUCGAAAAUAGUUGUUCUGUACUCCGCCCCCCCCCCCAGCACAUCCACUGACCAUGACGGUGAAGAAUGGUCAGAUAACCCUUGCAGGGGGGGUGGGCGGGGGAGGCCUCAUCCAGCAGUGGAUGGGACAAACGCGCUGUAACGUGUAUAUGCGGCGAUGUGGUGCUUGAGAUUUGGGGGGUCACGAUGCUAGAAUCGAUGCUGUUUUAUUUGCCACUGUGCACCGUGUGGAACGUAUGCAUGUUCAACUUCUUUCGCACCGGACGUAGCCAACCGUGGUUAUCGGAGGUGCGGGGAAAGGACAACAAACUAAAUACGGUGGCGGCAGUGCUCGCAUGAACCAAUCGCAGCGUGGUGAAGUAUGGUCAAAAAACCCCAUUGACCAGCACGGCGGCGAGAUGUUAACUACCUCGCCUGGUAUACAGGAGUUCGUGGAUUAUAUCUUGAUCCUGUAUAUUUUGGAGUUUGCAUGUUCUCCCCGUGGUCGCGUGGAAUUUUCUCCGGGUCCCCCCGGGUUUUUACCUCCACGUUUAGAAACACGCGUUUAGCGUAGAGUAUUUGGCUGUUGCUAACCAUUUCAACUUAAGUCACUUCGUUUGUGAGAAGCCAGGUCGCUUCUAAACAAAGAGCUAUACAGCUUGGUGGGCCUUAAAAAUGUGUCAUCCAGCAGAUCAUCAUCAGCCACGAUCAAUCAACCGCUUGGAUAAAGGCUUACCCAAGCCUUCACCAUCCUGGCCAAGUCACCCUUGAAAAGGUCACCCUUGCAUAGGGAAAUACACUUCUGGUUCUGAUUCUCAUGAUAACUGUGAUGUUAAGUUAUUAUACGAACUGAAAAUAAAGUAUUACGAAAAGUG